GAGGCAAGUGGAGUAGUGUCCAAAAGUAUCAAGUCUUGAACAGCGUGUCACAGGUGACAUUGCCAACCACUUAUGGUAUUGCUAAAGCCAUCACCGGAGUAGUUUUGAAACUUAUUAAAUCUACCAGAUGUAAGCUACGGAUGGGAGGGAAGUCAAACCAUUCUCAAGCGCUAAAGAGGAGGUACUGUCUUGUUCUUACAUCUCAAGUUACUGCCUGAAUGAGAUUUUUGUGAUCCGCUGGGCAACGUAUUUAACAAAAGGCCAUGGAUUUUGUCAUGAAACAAGCUUUGGGAGGGGCUACCAAAGAUAUGGGGAAGAUGUUGGGAGGCGAGGAAGAGAAGGACCCAGAUGCACAGAAAAAGGAAGAAGAAAGGCAAGAGGCACUUCGACAGCAGGAAGAUGAAAGGAAGGCAAAGCAUGCCAAAAUGGAGGCUGAACGCGAGAAAGUCCGGCAACAGAUUAGAGAUAAGUACGGUCUCAAGAAAAAAGAAGAGAAAGAAGCAGAGGAGAAAGCUGCAAUGGAGCAGCCCUGUGAAGGAAGCUUGACCCGUCCGAAGAAAGCCAUUCCAGCUGGAUGUGGUGAUGAAGAUGAGGAAGAGGAGGAGAGUAUUCUUGACACUGUUCUCAAAUACCUUCCAGGACCUCUUCAAGAUAUAUUCAAGAAGUAAACUACUUGGAAAAGACUGUUUACUGCAUUGAUACUUUUAUGUUAGAUUAUACUUGGAAACAUUAAUUUUUAUCUCAUUCAAGAUCAUUUAAUAUGGACGUCACUGAAUUGUCAUGUAUCUUUCCUUCUGCCACAAGUGAAGCUGACAGAAGGGUCUCAGAACUGCUGUGUUUGGUAGGCUAAUCAAAUGAUUUACAUAAAAUGUGUCAAUGUUUUAAAAAAGUGUUAAGGCACAAUAUAUUAAUAAGGCAAUGGUACUGCUGUGUGGCAAGACUUGUUGCGUGAGCUUGGUUGUGGAUAUAGGAACAGCCUGAGUAAUGAGAGAGCCUGUAACUCCAGCACUAUCACACAAGUGUCAGGCCAGGGGAAAGACAUUGAUUGGUUAUUUAAAGCCAUGCAGCUUUGCAGAGUUGUACAUAGAAUCAUUGGCCUUCUACGUGGUUAUGAUCUGUUCUAGGUAAGACUGCCUCUACCAUUUCACAGGACAAUGCUUAUUGUAUUCCUAACAUUCUGCUAAAUUAUAACUGCACUCUUUGGAUUCAAUCCCUCAUUUUGACUCCGCAAAAUGAGGAAAAGGAGAUGCAUUUUCAGUGGCGUAUAUUCACGCGGCUGAUAUGCACACUUCAUUUCUGAGAUCCUAUCUAUCAUUCUCAACUCGACUGCAAUAGAAGACUUGUUUUAAAAAAAAGGUAAAUAUUUUUUGUGCCUCUCUUUAUUGUAAGCCAUGGUGAGAGAAGGUAUUCAAACAAAGGGAUUUAGAAUGGAUUUUAACUUAAACCAAUGUCUUUUUUUUGUUUGAUAAAUAAAUAAAUACAGAUAUGUCAGGCUUA